GAAGGAGAAGGAGAAGCAAGAGAGAAAAUGAAAACAGAUAACUAUAAUCGUGCGCAUGGGCGGAUUAUGUAUAGGGCCAGGAGGGGCUUUGCCCCCCUGAUAUUUGGGGUUAGAAAUAGCAAAUAUAUCUUCAAAAAUUUUAAUUAUAGGCCUCUUAAUGUCAAAAUUGGGCUGUGGCCCCUACUGAUUUCAGUCCGAUUUCCAAAGCAAACGACAAUAAGUCAAAAUCGAUUUGUAUCUUACCCAGUUCCUCCCCCAUCGUAUCCUCCCCCAUCAUCGCUAGUCGCUACCUCCGUACCUCGCUCAAUCGCUGCCUGUCGGUCUCGCCAUUCACCACUGCAACAUCUGGUCACUGGAAAUCAGAAAAUCAAAGUGAAUGGGGGACCACGAUGUGCUGGAUUGUUAGAAAACUUCAUAUUGAAUUGGAGUGUGGGAUGCCUGCCAGUCACCACUGUCCAUCGUAGCUCCGCCGGUCACCACCGUCCACCUGCUGUUGAGCUGUUCUGCACUUCUGCUGUUCUUUCUGGUUCACAGAACUAAAGAAAAUCAGGUAUGCUCUUGAGUUAUCUCUCGUUCGGCUAUUAUGUCUUCUCUCUUUUCCAAUUCUACUGGAAAUUAGCGGUCAAUCUAUUUAGUCUUGAAACUUGAGUAUUGAAUUUGUUUCCUCCACUUCGCCAUUUUGCUUGUUGUUGGGAUUUGGUGUACAACUAAUUAUGAUUUUCACACACAUUUAAAUGGAUUUGUGCAGAAAAUUGCUAAUGUUUGUCUAGAAUGAAUUGAUUGAUGCGUAAUAUGAAUUGUUCCUCCAUUUGCUUGUUA